UGUUAUUUCAGUAUCGAUACUAAACUGCGGCACAGUUUGGUAGUAAAAUCUAGCUCUGCAGCAGUGCUAUACUGAGUAGGCUAUACCCAUUGGUAGAAAAGGUAAGCUACCCAUUGUCGAUACAACGCAGCCGCCUAGGCCCAACUUGAUCACAUUUUCUAUUACUGUUUAUGGAAUCGCCUCACUUGGAAGAAGAUAACAUGCCCAGAGUCAGUUCAAGAGCAUCAUGUGGUCGAGAUUUCCAUUGCUGUCCAGAUAUCUCAUUGGCUUUAGAAACUGCUUGCAGGGCUGGCUUUGAUUUUGUUUGCCUACCUCUUAUAAAUCCCCGAUUCAAACGGGAAUUUAUAAAUGGGCCUGCCAAAGAUAGAAAAUGUGCCCUGACAAGAUCAGAUAUGUGCUUACCCAGUCAAGACUGGAACAGUCUUGUAGUGGGCAAGACAUCACCAUGGCUUCAACUGGAUUCUAAACAUUACCACACAAGAAAGAACAGUGAACUAGCACUGAAAGAAGAGCUCACUUGGUCAGCUCAUCUUGGUUUGCCAGCCGUGCUUUUACCCCUGAAUAAUGGAAACUGCACCAACUUAGCCCAGUGCAUCAGUGAACAUAUCACCUCUAGCUACUACCAACAACAAUACUGGAUCCAAGUCCCUUUGAUUAGUGCUGCAGACAUGUGUGAGCCUGUUAUAGAAGGAGUGGAUACUGAUAUGAAUGGGGAAACGUUUGAGGAUACUUGGUCUUGGUGGAAUUUGUUCCGCUCACUCUGUGACUCUAACAAGCGGCUAGGGGUGGCCAUUGAACUCACUGCUGACCUGCCAUCCAAUGAUGUCAUUGAAAGAUGGCUUUCAGAACCCAUUAAAGCCAUUAUAGUUUCAACUUCACUUUUCCUAACCAAUAAAAAGGGCUAUCCAGUCCUAGCAAAAGCCCACCAAAAUGUCAUCAAAAAAAUGUUUAAGUUGGCCGCACAAGUUAUAAUUACAGGACAAGAUCGUCAUCCUGAAAAGACAAUACGAUCCUACCAGCAGUAUAUAGACCAUCUCUGGCAGACCCAGGACCCCUUGGACACAGUCAGCCAAUUUGCUAAGGGCUAUGAAGACUUUUUGCAGUCUCCACUACAGCCACUGAUGGACAAUUUAGAGUCCCAGACAUAUGAAGUAUUUGAGAAAGAUCCAAUUAAGUAUUCACAAUAUCAACUGGCUGUGUAUGAAGCACUGAGGGAAAGAAUCCCACUUGAAGACAGGGACAAAAAAGAUGUUGUUAUAAUGGUGGUGGGUGCUGGUAGAGGGCCUUUGGUGCGAGCUGCUCUAGCAGCUGCUCAAGAAAUAGGUGUCACCAUCAGGAGGCUGUAUGCUGUGGAGAAAAAUCCUAAUGCUGUUAUAACACUUGAGAAUAUCAAAGAUGAGGAAUGGGGUAGCAAUGUGGAAGUUAUUUCCUGUGAUAUGAGAGACUGGGAGGCACCAGAAAAAGCUGAUAUUCUUGUCAGUGAACUUCUGGGAUCUUUUGGGGAUAAUGAGCUGUCACCUGAGUGUUUAGAUGGUGCACAGAGGUAUCUGAAAGAUGAUGGAAUUAGUAUACCAGAGAAAUACACAUCCUUCCUGGCACCUGUCAUGUCACCUAAGCUCCACAAUGAGGUUAGAGCAUCCAAAAUUGAACGUGGAAAAGCACCAGAGGCUCCAUUUGAAAUGCCAUAUGUUGUUAGAUUCCACAACUGUGCUACACUUGCCAAACCACAACCUGUGUUUACCUUCAUUCAUCCUAACAGAGAUCCAGUGAUAGACAACUGCCGCUUCAAAUCCCUCGAAUUUACAGUUCCUUAUGAUUCUAUUGUUCAUGGAUUUGGUGGUUAUUUUGAAACUAACCUCUAUAAACAAGUGACACUAAGUAUUGUGCCAGAAACACACUCACCAGGCAUGUUUAGUUGGUUCCCCAUCUUCUUCCCCAUAAGGGACCCAAUAAUGAUGAAGAAAAACACAACUGUCACCGUGGACAUUUGGCGCAGGUGCACAACCAAGAAUGUUUGGUAUGAAUGGGCUUUCCGCUGUGGUGGACAAAUCUCACCAAUACACAAUCCAAAGGGCAGAUCCUACACCAUUGGGCUCUAAUUACUUAACCAGCAAGAAUUUGAUACUGUCAGAUUUUUAAUGUUAUAUACCUAAUUCUUCACCAUCUAACUGCUCCCAGUAUUGAAGUACUUAAGUAAACAAGUACAUUUUAUAUUACUGCUGUUUUGUAACACUGUUUAUGUAUUCAAACUUUGCAUUAAAAAAAAUAAAA